UCUUUUAAAUUAAGCUUAAACCCUAAUGUUGAAUUUUGAAUUCCACCAAAGAAAGGGUUUAUUGAGGAAUGGCAUAGGUGGGAAAUAGAGCAAGGAAUUGGGGGUCAAAUAUUACAUGGAUAGAAUUUUAUUUGUGGGGCAAAAAAACCUAAAAGAUAGAUAAACUGUAAUUUCUACGUGUAUGAUUCUGAGCUUUGGAAUUUUUUAGGAGAAAGUAGGAAUUUGUGAGUUCUAUUCAUAGUACUAGUGAAGGGUCUUACCACUAACCAAUCUGUUGGGACAAUUUAUAAUUGGCAAGCAUAUGGCAUUAGCUUUCGCCUUGCCAUUGCCUCGGCAACAUCAGCCUCCAAUCCGAGGAUUAAAUUUGGGUCCCCGGUUGUCGUUUAGUGGUCCCCAGUGCGUCCCUAUUGUAGCUCCGGCUGCUUCUCUCUCUGACCCACCUCGCCCUGCUGUGAUACUCCCUGGUCUGGGGAAUAAUUCAGGAGAUUACCAGAGGCUGCAAGUGAGCUUAGAGGAAUAUGGGGUUAAGAGUGUAGUUGCUAGAGUUUCGAGGCUGGAUUGGUUUAGGAAUGCGGCUGGUUUAGUGGAUCCCAAUUACUGGAAGGGCACCCUUUGUCCUCGUCCAGUUUUAGACUGGUACCUUAAUAGGGUGGAUGAAGCUGUGAAUGAAGCCAAGGAGAUUGCUCAGGGAAAGCCUCUUUCUUUGAUUGGGCAUUCGGCGGGAGGAUGGCUUGCACGAGUUUAUAUGGAGGAAUUUGGGAAGUCUGAUAUCUCAUUGCUUUUGACACUCGGAACUCCACAUUUGCCGCCUCCAAAAGGCGUAUCUGGUGCAAUUGAUCAGACGAGGGGGCUUUUGAAUUAUGUUCAAGAGCAUUGUGCGAAAGCUGUGUAUACUCCUGAGCUUAAGUAUGUAUGCAUUGCUGGAAGAUACAUCCAAGGAGCUCGGGCAUUUGGAAACUCAUAUGACAUAGAGGAGGCAUCUCAAGGAGCUGCAGUUGUUAAUGUUUCUGAGUCAACUUCGAAUGCUGUUACAUUUCAGUCCCGCUUUGUUGGUCAGGGGUAUAAGCAAGUUUGUGGGCAGGCAGAUGUGUGGGGUGAUGGAGUUGUUCCUGAGGUAUCUGCUCAUUUGGAGGGUGCUCUUAAUAUUAGCUUGGAUGGAAUAUAUCACUCUCCUGUUGGUUCAGACGAUAUAUCCAGACCUUGGUAUGGUUCGCCAACAAUUAUUAGCAAAUGGAUUAACCACCUCCUAGAAUGACCAGAUGUGGGUGCUUCAAUCAAAGUGAUAAUGUAAAAUGAGAUUAGCUUUUGUUGGUGCUCUUAUGAGCACAUUGCUUUCUCAUCGCAGCAAGUAUUCGUAGAUUCAUUCAUUAAUUAAGUAGCUUUUACUCGUAUUUCACACAAUGAUCCCUGUAGUUAAGAUCUCAACGGUAUAUAACAAACCCGUUUUAUAUU